GGCUCGUGUUACUCGAAUUCAUCUCCUCCUCCAUCACCAUAUGUAAAAUGUAACAAAUGAUAUAUUUUUGUAUAUUCUGAAUACAUAAGGAGAUGAUGGGGUGACGAAGAAGGAGGUAACAUAUGAUGUUUAGAGUGCUACUGGUGGUACUCAUUUUUCUGAUUCACACUUAAUCUGGUUCUCUACCAUUGCUCAUUCGCAGACGUAAUCGUGACAGAAUGGACCAGUUGCUCCCAUUGUCUGCUUGUUCCUCUUGAAUUAUGAAUGUGUGUAGUAGUAACGAGUAAGAGGCUGUGUUGAUCCUGUCAUCUCCAACCUUUUUGCACAUAUCUGCACAUAUAACAAGGAAAGAACAAGUGCAUGAAGGUGGAACAAAAGUUAAGGUGCAAGGUGAAAACUAUAUAAAGAUGAGUUAGCCACUCAAGAACAGUAAGAUGGAUAUGAAGGAUAAAAAGUGCUUAGUGUAGGUCUCGUUUCCCUGAUCUUGUGCCCAUAACAAGAAGAUUUUAAGUCAAGAUUAUGUUCAAGUUAGGUGGAGUUAAGUCUACCCAGUGUAACCUGAUCGGUAGAGAACUUUUGAAGAGUCAAGUGAGAUAUGUUAGGGUGUUCCAUGUCCAUAUGUGGGUCUUUCGUCAAUGUCAAUGUUACCGAAUAAGAUAAUUAAAGCACUAGGUGGUUAAAUGAUCAUCACAAAAUAAGGUCAUAAUUCCCACAAGAGUUUUGUCUGACUCGAUCCUAAAAUUGACUCGAUAAAUCAUCAAAGUGACUCAAGGACUGACUCAAAAUAAAGAACAAACGAGAUAACGAGAUUAGUAGCAAACAAGUGCCUCUCCUAGACUUAUCCCUGGUUGUGAAAAUAAAUUGAGGAAGGCGGAAAUAACAAAACAAAAACAUAAAAAGAUGACAUAAGUUCAGAUGGAUUUAACAAUGGAUAAGAUGGUGGUUCACUCAUUCCAACCCCUCGCUCUCGUGCUGACCAAUGACGCGCCUGUUCCUAACCCUCCACGUUACUGCACUUGACUCCUCUUCUCCAACAUGUUCCUUCCCUGAGCGCUGACCUCCGCUGGAAUGCUGAUCUGCAUGUUCUGCUGUAGGGGGAGCAGCUCCGAAUCAACCGCCUGUCACCAAGUGAAGUAUCCUCUUCAUUAGGUUGUUGUUCUUGCGAUCCGAAUCAACCAUCCAGCGGCGAUAGUUCAUGUCGUCUGCGUCAUCCGCAGGUCGGUCCCAGAUCAUAGUUAGGCUGUUCAAGAGUGACAUCCUCGACACCAUCCAUGAAGGCUUCUGGUGGGGAGCCCGUGGAUCAGCACAAAUGAACUCUGGAUAGGGCAGGAAGCUGAUGUUGUCAAAUACAUUCUGGCUCGUGAUGUUCAGGUGUGGCAGUUUGCAGAACAACUGGUUUCCUUCCUUGUUCUGAAAGCUGUAAGUCUUUUCGUUCCUUAAGAUGUGGAAACCGAUCAAGUACUAGAUGUCGAUGAACUCAAUGUUGUUGUUGACUGUGUACUCGCCGAGGUCUAUGCCGAAGUACUUAAAGAGAGGAGUGAAAAAACUGCCACAUCAAUCCUUACUUGUGGGCGUCCUGACCAACCAGUAUCGCUUGUCCUCAAACAUGGUCAUGAGAAGAAAUUCUGGAUUUGUUUUCACUGGUUUUAUGGUAUCCCGUUCUGCUCUCCUGAUCUCGUCCUCAACUCCCGUGUACAGCACUUGGAGCUCUUUGUUGGUGACUUUGGAUGUUUGGUCCUUUGCGAACAGAAGGUUAGACAAUAUCUUUAUGACGAUCCUCAAGGUUGGAUUCCAGAUCAGAGACUGGUCAGGUAUCAAAGUUGAGUUGUCCGGCAAGCUCUUGGGUACUUACUAAGCUGGACAUCGGAGGGGAAUCAGUUCAUGCAGGUGUAGAAGGCCCAUAUGAAACGGCUACUGAGGUUAACAUCUUCUUGUCACUGUACGCUUACGAGUAAAUGAUGUAAACAUUUUUUUUGCUAUGAGUAAAUGAUGUAUAACAUUUAUAUCUCUCAUCCUCAGAUUAAAGAGUUUUAUUUAAUGUAUUAAACUUCAGUUUUAUUGAUACAUAGAUUGUAUAGUUUAUAGUAAAAAUUAAAAAGAGAGUUGCAAUGGUAGGAUUCUAGGAGAAAGGCAUCUGGUUCUCGCA